AUGAGAAUGACUCUUAGUGAUUUGAUCCUGGGGCUAAUGUUUUUGGUGCAAACAGGGAUUGGGGUCCUGGGGAACACCUUUCUUCUGGUAACUUACACCUCCACAGCCUGCACCUGCCAAGCCCUGAGGCCCACACACCUUAUCCUCACCAACCUAGCUGUGGCCAACCUCUUGGUUCUUCUCUUCAAAGGGAUCCCUCAAAUAAUAUUUAUCUGGGGAGUAAGAAAUAUUCUGGAACAUACAGGGUGUAAACUUGUCAAUUACAUCCACAGAACAGCCCGGGGCCUUUCUCUCUGUACUACUUGCCACUUGUGCAGUUUUCAGGCUAUCACUAUCAGCCCUAAAACUAUGGGGUGGAUGAAGCUCAAAGGUAAAGCCUUGAAGAACAACAGAUUCUUCUGCUUUCUAUGCUGGAUCUCCAACCUGUUGAUGAAUGUCUUUGUUCCUAGAACUGCACAAGCUCUUCAGGAUAUCCAUAAUGCUACUAAGACACGAAAUUAUGGACUUUGCUCUUCUCAAAAUCCAGACACAUCUUCCAUUGUAACCUACACAAUUUUAAUGACUUUCCCAGAUUUUGUGUUUAUGGGACUCAUGGCUGGGGCCAGUGUCUACAUGGUCCUUCUCUUACACAGACACCACCAGAGAGUGAAGCAUAUUCACACCCUCAGCAUCUCCCACAGGUUCUCUCCUGAGGCAAAAGCCACUCAGACCAUCCUGCUUCUGGCAACAAAUUUCAUUAUGUUUUACUUCAUCAAUUCUAUUCUUAGAAUAUAUCAUAUUGCUUUUUUCAAAUCUCACUUCUGGCUCCAGCACACUCCCACUUUUCUGGCAGGAUGUUAUCCCACCUUUAGCCCCUUGAUACUGAUGGUUCAUGAGCCUCAAAAACCUAGUUUCUGCUCUUAG